CGUUCUUCGUGCUAACCGUAUAAGAAAUGACACACGAGUUGAACUAUAAAGACGAGGCAGUGAAUCAUCCGAUGGGCAAGCACAGACCUCUCUAGCCAUCUAGCUGCAUUUCAUCCUGUGGUUGAUCUGAUCGAUCUGUCACAGCAAUCCAUCCAAUGCAAGCCAUCAUCAUCAGUAGCAAGAAGGCAGCAGGAGGAUCAUCCAUGGCGAAGUGCAUUGCCACCGUGCUGGUCGCCGCCGCCGUGCUCACGUCAAUGCAGCCAUCAGUGGCGGCGAGCAACGCGCCGGACGCCGACGCGCUCCGGUUCCCCGGCCGCCCGGGCAGCAGGCCACGUAACCCGGUGUUCCCGGGGUAUCCGAGAGCCAGACCGUCGCCGCCGGUGCCCAGCAGCUCCUCCCCUGUGGUGCCGUCACCCGUGCCCAGCGUGCCGUCGUCGUCGGCGCCAGUGUCGCCAGCGCCCUGCGUCAGGCCCGUGGUGCCGCAGCUGCCGGGCUUCCCCGGCCUGGGUGGCAGCGUGGGCGGCGGCGGCGGCGGCUCUGGCUCUGGCUCUGGCGGCUCCACGCCGUCGUCGCCGACCGACUGCGUGACCCCGCUGGCGGGGCUGAUGACGUGCGGGACGUUCCUGACGGGGAGCGAGUCGGAGACGCCGACGCCGCAGAGCGAGUGCUGCGCGGGGCUCGGCGCGUUCCUCAACAGCUCCAGCUCCGGCGCGGCGGAGGGCGACGACCACACGCUCCGGUGCCUGUGCCCCGUCAUCCUCGGCGACGUGAACAAGAUGCUGCCCAAGCCCGUGGACCCCGUCCGCAUGAUGUACCUGCCCAUCGCCUGCGGCGUCGUCCUGCCGCCACAGGUCCUCUACAUAUGCUUCACUGGGCAGCAGCAAAGCCCGCCACCCGUCGGCCGCAUUCCUGACGUCUGGGAGAAGCCGAAUUCAGGCAAGGAAUAAUCUGCUAGUUCUUCGUCAAGAUUUAACAGCUUUGCUUUUUCAGUUCAUGGUUCACAUGAUGUUGCUCAUCGUGGAAGUAGUAGAUGUCUGAUGUUGUCUUCUCUUUUUCCAUAUAUGCAGCAGCCUUGUCGCCUUGAUGAUGAGCAACUUGAAUCUGAAUGGAGGCCGGACAGGAAUGGUUCAGUCAGAAUCAUAUAUUUAGUUCAUAUAUAAGUACACAAGAUCAAACUUACUAGCAGUUGCAUGCAUGCCUGCCUCUCAAGAACAUGCAUGCUUCCAUACAUAUAGUUUAACACAUAUACAUACAUACAUACAUAUACAUGAUAGUUUCAAGUUAUCAGAAAUUAUAUUAAUAGGCCGUGGAUGUACCUCGCACUUCAGAAAUUUAUUACCGUCUCAUGUAAGACAAUGCUCUGUUACACGGAAGAAUAUAUUUAUAUAGUACGAUAUAAUCUAGGUAAUUGUAUGUCUUUCAGCGUUUUGUUCCGAUCGUCCGCAACUAAAGAACAUUAUGAUCCAGUUAUCUGAGAAAAGAAAACAAAAAAAAAGAAAAGAA